AGCGUUAUCCGAAAUGGCAUACCUUACCUUUUCGUAGACGACUUGAAGAUAAUCUACAGCUUUUCUCGUGCAGCACUAGCACAAGGUUUCUACUGAAUACAAGAAGAUAUGAAGAGAAUAUUCACGUAGAGCGUGACCUGUGUGCUCCCUCUAAACUCAAAUGAAAGUGGCAUCCUCCAUUUCACUAAAUCCCACCCAGAAGUAACACUGUAGUGGGCGUUGCUGAUAACAACGGAUAUAAGUAGUAUUGGCGUCGCUGCCUUAGGACGUGAUGAAGAUCCCAUAGCCUGCAGAGUUCCAGGAUGUAGACAUCAAGGUUUCCCUCAAGGACCUCUAGGCGGUAGCGGAGCUUGUGGGGGUUCGGGAUCCGGGGGCGAAGGUCGUGGUGCUGGGGACGUUGCUGAGGGGCAGAGCGAAAGCAGUCUAUGACGGGGUGGAACGUGGUGACGGGGAGGAGACCUGAAGGGAAUGGUUCAGCGCUUGAAGGUGGAGUUCGACGGCUCGGCGGACAGGGAGCAGGCGAUGCAGCAGUUCCGCAGCGUGAAGCUGGGAAUAGAUGAAGAUCCGCUGGUGCUGGCUGUGAGGCUGACCAAAAUAAUUCGACGAGUGCUUCACACGUUAAAUGAGGAAGCCCAACAACAGUUGCUGACAGCAUAGUUCACUGAGAGUGUCCCGAAUGCCAUUGCCCACCAGUUACGACUAGUCAAUGCAGCAUUAAAUCCCAGUGACCAGCCAGGUAACGAUAACAUUCAUCACACGGCGAAUACCAUGUCACUUGGAACAAGAAGUUGGGCGCCAGGUUCAGGAAAUGCUAGAUGAAGGUAUUAUUGAAGAGGCUGACAGUCCAUACAGUUCUUCAGUACUUUUAGUAAGAAAGUCAAAUGGGAAAUAUAGAUUCUGCGUGGACUUCCGGGAGUUAAAUAGCAUAACGCAGCUGAAGCCAUGUGCCAUGCCGACGAUAGCGGAGACACUGGAUCGUUUGCAGAAUGCGAAAGUAUUUACAGUUCUGGACCUCCACUCGGGCUACUGGCAGCUACCAAUAAAAGACAGUGGUAAAGAGAAAACAGCAUUUAUUGUGGGCAAGGAGCAAUACCAAUUCAAGCGAAUGCCAUUUGGUCUGGCAGGGGCGCCCUUUACAUUUAGACGAUUGAUGAUGUUGUUGCUGAAGAAUCUAGAGAACGUAGAGGUGUACGGCGAUGACCUGGUGGUGUACAGCCAGACGGAGGCAGAACACAUAGAAUACCUUGAAGCUGUUUUGAGACGUAUCGAUGAGUUUGGACUCCGCAUCAAUAAGACAAAAUCUCAAGUAGCCAAGAGGAGUGUUACGUUGCUAGGACACAAAGUUGGAAACGGCGAAAUAAAACCACUACCCGAGAAAAUUCUGACAGUCAGAACUAUUCCAGUGCCGAAUUCCAAGAGGAAACUGCGACAAUUCUUGGGUAGAGCAGCAUUCUACAGUCGGUUCCUCAAAAAUUUCAAUGAGAUAGCAGCACCGUUAUAUAAGCUACUGGGCAACCCCAAAUUUGUGUGGACGGAGGAGGCACAAAAAACAUUUGAUCACAUCAAAGAACUCCUAAAUGACCAGGAGAUGACGUUAAAACUACCAAUACCUGGUAGGCCAUUUAUCGUGUCCACCGAUGCAAGUGAUUAUGGAAUAGGGGCAGUCCUGAGACAGACUGAAGGAGUAGUGGAGUAUGCCAGCCGCGUUCUAACACCAGCAGAACAGAAAUAUUCUACAAUGGGAAAGGAAUGUCUAGCGAUAGUUUGGGCCCUGGAGAAGUGGAGAUCGUACCUCCUCGGUCAACGAUUCCAUAUUGAAACGGAUCAUGAACCUCUACAGUGGCUUAAGACAGCGAGAGACCCCAGAGGAAAAUUAUCACGUUGGGUGUUACGACUGCAAGAAUAUGACUUCACCAUCGGCCAUGUGGCAGGGAAAGAAAACUGGUUGGCAGACUUCUUAUCAAGAUCUGACGAAGAAAAUGAGCUACCUGAGAUCGCAUACGGCGUACAUGCAGUGGAAUGGAACCCGUUAAGACUUAUUCGCCUUCAGAAGUCGGGCCCGACACUGAAAGAAGUGAUCAAAGCCAUAACUGAAGGGACAGAGACACAAACGUCUGUGAGAGAUAAAGAGUUGAGAACGUUGUUGACGCAGAAAGAACGCCUACGGAUGAAUACUUAUGGAAUGCUAACGUGGCGAGAAAAUGACGGAAGCUGGUUGGCAGUGAUUCCGAAAUGUCUACGCAACAAAAUGAUACAAGAAUGCCACCAGUUAGCUCAUACAGGUGUCUCACGGACAGCUGACCUUCUCAGACAAAGUGCAUACUGGCCAGGUAUGAGAGAGGAUGUUGCCAAAUACGUGCUGGGGUGUCCUCAUUGUCAACUGAUGAAAGGUGAUCGGUAUGUACGGCCGCCACUGCAGUCGAUUCCAGUAGCAGCGGUUGGUGACCUGUGGUCGGUGGACGUAAUGGGACCAUUUCCGCAGACACCUAGUGGCAACCAAUACCUGUUGGUGAUGACGGAGCAUGCUACACGAUGGGUAGACGCUGUCGCGAUUCCUGAUCAACGCGCGAAGACAGUGACCGCAGCGGUGAUGCGGCAUAUUAUCGCGGAUCACGGUGUGCCGAAGAUGAUACUGACCGACCAAGGUCCUUGUUUUGAGAGUGAAGAAUUUAAAUCCUGUUUGGAGCAGCUUGAUAUCAAGAGGAUAAGAACGACGCCGUACCACCCACAGACUAACGGUUUGACAGAACGGAAUAACCGUACACUGAAGGAGUGGCUAGCUUCGAAAGGAGGAAAUUGGGAGACGGAACUGCCGUUAGUAUUAUUAGCUCAUCGUGCCUCGGUACAAGGAACAACCAAGAAGUCGGCGUUCCAGUUAAUGUAUGGCAGGAAACCACGGCUCCCGAUACAUAGUAAGACCUGGCCCCAACAACAGCCUUGGAACAUGACAAGAUUGAGAGAGGAGCGGAAACAGGCUAUCAGGAAUGUGGAACGAAAGCAGAAGGCUGAUGCUGAAAAAUCUGAGCAGAGAGAAGGAAGUAAAUGGAAACCAUUUGAGGUUGGAGAUCAGGUGAAAUGUAAAGAACGAGGAUAUACGUCAGGAGGUGAGUAUGGCAGAAGGAAACUACUUCCGAAGUGGAAGGACCAUACAUCAUUACCGAGAGACGCGGUUCAAUUUAUACCAUCAAACAAGGGAACAAAGAGAAAAGAGUAAACGCCAGCCUACUUCAAAAAUGGAAGCAGUGGAAAAAAGACGAAACAGCGAGUGAAAACCAAGAGAAGACAGCACCAAGACGAUCAACACGGUUGCAAGCCCGGAAUUUUGAGGGGGGGACGAGUGUAGUGGGCGUUGCUGAUAACAACGGAUAUAAGUAGUAUAUAUCGAGAGGGUGGCAGGAAUCAUAGGGAAUUACCGGCAAUGGGUAAGGUUUCUGCCAAGAGCAACGCAGGGGAAAACACAGGCGUAUUACAGGGGAUGCUGCUGAUAAGAGUGUAUGAAGAGCCGGUCAAGAGCAAAUCAAGACAGGAACGGAGAGGAAACGAAGACAUUUGCAAAUGGCUGCGUUAGUGCAAGGAGUAUCAUAUGUAACCACUACCAUUCCGAUUGUUCAUAAUGCACAUUUUCC